AUGGCCGGUAGCAAUACCGUUAAGGGAGUACUAAGUGAAUUGGCAAAGCGUGUGCCCAAGAACCAGUUAUCUCAGUUUAGGAACUUUCUGGAGCUACAUGCGAAAUAUAACGACCGCGUAAAUAAAUAUCCAGCGAAUUUGCCGACAAUCGAUUGGGAUUAUUAUCGCACGAACGUACGCAUAGAAGCAAUCAAAAUGGUGGAUGAAUUCGAGAAAAAAUACGAAGAGUUGAACAAAAUAUUCGAUGACCGCGUUAAACUGGAUACAAGGAAGUACUUUGGAGAGCUGGAAAAGCAGCGGGCGGUCAUGCAGGCGGAAGUUAAUCAGUACAUCGCCGAAUCGAAUGAACGCAUCAAGGCGUAUGAGGCCGAAAUGGAGCGCCUUUCCCUCAUGAAACCCUACUCAUCGAUGACAAUGGAGGAGUAUAUUAGCCUGCGACCGGAGCAUGCCGAUUAUAUACCGCACAGGCGCAAACCGCUCUUUUGGCCACAUGACCCCGAUGAGCAGAUACCCGGACCGGUAGGAAUAAAAAAACCAGACGACGACGAUGGAAGUCAUCCAGUUAAACCGAGUGAUUUCAAAGGUAAAACGGAAGAAUUUGUGUUCAACGCUGGCGACGCAAAAGCACAAAAACCUAUGGUGAUAGCCGAUUCUGCAGAGCCCCAGCCAAUACAGACGCAGCCAGUUGAAGUGAAAGCCACGAAAGCGCCACAGGAAUGUAAGCCCAGCACUGACAACGUAGGCGAGUCGGCACCUGAAGAAGUUAAAAGGAAAUUGAACCCAUGCAACCUAAUCGAAAAGGAUAGCAAGAAAGUUGAAGUAGAGAUGCUUCCUCUGACGUCAGUGCAGGCAUCACCUUCCGCUUCUUCAAAACCAACAGAGAAGGUUGCGUUGAAAUCGAAAGGAAAUAAAGUUGAACAACAAAAAAAAGCGGAUGCAUGUGAUAUGGUAAAGAAAGAGAAGCAGAAAGAGCCACUUGCUGCAGACAUUGAUCCGUGUACUGUAACGUCGAAGGGACCUUAUAAGGACGAAAGGAAAGACCCGUGUGUCUUUUUAGAUCCAUGCCAACUUAAAUUAGGUGCAGGCGCCAAUACCGAAGCAAAGUCGGGGGCGCCAAAAGACAAUAAACUGUCACAACCUUGCGCCAAGUCAAAGAAACCGAAGAUUGUUGAAUGUGAAAGUAAAGACGGAAAACAGGAUGUGCCUUCUAAAGUCAGUGAAGGUAAGAGGGGCGACACAUGUGCACGCACACCCUAUUACAAUCCCUUCAGAAGCGAGGAGGAGAAUAUAAAGCAGGAAGAGGAGGCGUGUGAUGAGUGCAAAGAAGAAGACCCUUGUGAAAGUGAUAAACGUAGUCCCAAGACUCCUUAUUACAGCCCGUUCAAAGAUAAAAAGGAGUAG